GGAGUUCGGAAGUGAUCUCAAGUGCGAUUAUAUGUUUUCUGUCUGUGUAAUCAUUGUUAGUAAACAGUGGAUCCAUAACUCAUUAAGGCCUUGUAUGUGUCACCUGGAGAAAGCAGAUUAUGGCAGAUGACAAGGACGUGCUGAGAGAUGUUUGGUUUGGGAGGAUACCGGCCUGUUUCACAUUGUCUCCUGAAGAGAUUACAGAGAGAGAAGCAGAACCUUACUAUCUUCUACUCCCACGCGUCAGCUACCUGACACUAGUUACUGAUAAAGUCAAGAAACAUUUUCUCAAAGUAAUGAAGACAGAGGACGUUGAGGAGAUUUGGUUUGAGUAUGAAGGAUCACCACUUAAAUGGCACUACCCCACUGGUGUGUUGUUUGACCUUCAUGCUUCAAACACAGCUCUCCCUUGGAAUAUCACAGUGCACUUUAAGAACUUCCCAGAACAUGAAUUGCUUCACUGCGCAUCAAACUCUGUGAUAGAAGCACAUUUUAUGUCUUGCAUUAAAGAGGCUGAUGCACUUAAACACAAGAGUCAGGUCAUCAAUGACAUGCAGAAGAAAGACCAUAAACAGCUGUGGAUGGGUCUUCAGAAUGAUAAAUUUGACCAGUUCUGGGCAAUGAAUCGUAAACUCAUGGAGUACCCCACUGAAGAAGGAGGCUUCCGCUACAUUCCUUUCAGAAUAUAUCAGGGACAGAACCCUGGGGAGGCGAGCGGGUCUGCUGACUUACCUGACUUAAGUCUUCACUGCAUGACGCAACGUCGAGUAAAGAGUGCUGAGGGCUGCAGAAUUGGCAUGACGCAACGUUGAGUUGAGGCUGCUGCAUGCUGGAACACCCAGGGAGAAAGGAAGCUCUUUUAGAGACAGAGUGGGCAUCCAGGCCCUGAAACGUGGCAGGGCCGUCCCAGUGCGGCUCGACAGCGGUGGUAUGGCUGGAGCCACGCCCGAUGUCCUAGUUCUCCCUGGGCUGUCCCCGUCAGGGCCGCUUCUUGUUUGGGUGUCGACGGGGAGUUGAUGCUCUCCUCCGCGAUGACCUCCAUCCACGGGGGGGCACCGGUGCGGAGGGGCGGGGCUGCUGGGGAGCAGACGCCGUCCGGGACCUCGACGCCCUGAAGGGGGCCAGGUCACGGCGAGGACCGUCUGCUUCUUCACUGCCAAAAACUGAAAAAAUCUUCAAAGGUGUAACCAAACAGCCCAGCUUGCGUGAUGGGCGCAUCAAGAAAGCGAACUUCCUCGGCGCCUUGCAUCUGCGCAAGGUUGGGCCAAAAGUGUCGCUCUUGGACCACCAGAGUAGACAUCGUUCGAGCCAGCACCAGCCACCAUGCAGCCACCUUGGUCGCCCAGAGAGCGAGGUCAGUGGCGGUGCGCAGUUCCUGCAUAAACACUGGGUCGCGCUUUCCCUCGUCCAGCUCCUUCAAUGCCUUAGCCUGCAGGAUGGCCGUGGCAUGAAGUGCGGCGGCAGCUUGACCCGCAGCAGUGUAAGCCUUCGACACCAGAGAUGAAGAAAAUUUACACGCUUUGGAAGGGAGCCUUGGUCGGUCCCUCCAAGGGGCGGCUAUCUGCAGGCACAGACGGCACGCUCAACCUGGGGUACAUCGACGUAGCCCUUAGCUGCUCCGGUGUCAAGGGAAAUCAGAGCAACCGAGCUCGUUUGCCGCAAACGCGCCGAAAAGAGGGCAUAUCUCUGUGCACUUCUGGGAAAAAGGUAUCAGGCGGAAUCCAGGUACCAAGAAUCCAGCCAUGAGCGCUGCGGGAAGGCAGUGCGGUGUACUGCAACCCGAGGCUUGCGGCGGCUCGGGCAUGCACGGCUGACAUAUGUAUUAGUGAAUGCUGAAAUUACUAUGACGUAAGAUAAAUAAACUCUUUAGAUCGUUAGUAUGUGUUAGCCAACACAUUAACAAUUUUUUAUGGUGAUAUGUGGGUUCCCAUGGAUGUUAACCCGUCACAGCAAUGCCGCGGACCGUCCAGGCUCCGUUACGCUCACCUAGCCUGUCUCCGAUGGGCGGCACUUGACCGUCCCAUAGCGGUCAACUGCCGCCCAUCGGAGAUGGGUUAACGUCCAUGGGAACCCCAAAUAUCACCAUCGCCGCUCGCCGCUCCAGACAUCUUGGCAGCCAUUGCGGAACAGGAAGCAGACGAUGUUGUGGCUGUGUCUGCGUCGUAGAAUCCAGUAGAUAAUCAGGAGAUAAUGCGCUCAGCAUUUAAGCUUAGCAGGUUCCGAAGAACAAAAGGUGAAUGAAUGCCAUGCCAUUCGCGAAGUUCAUUGGCCUUUUAAAAGUAUAAUCAGAGAUGAUAGGUUCUCAAGAUCAAACCCCAUUCUGUCGGUUCGACACAACAUCGAGAGACCGACAGAGAGGGAACCAAGAUUUUGUGAGAAUGUAGUAUUAUUGUGGGCUUCGCUGGUGGUGCUCUUUAUUUUAGUGGAUUGCAGCUUUUCGUUUACUUUACAUCUUCUUUUUUGACACUUUUUCAUGUGUGAAAUACAUUUCUGGGUGAAAUCCUGUGAAGGAAGUGUUAGGGUGACAUAAUUGUUUAGUUUGCUUAUCUUUUUCUAUGUUAUACAUUUUGUGUAAAAUACUGUAUAGCCUAUCCCGUCAAACUAAUGUUUGUAAUGAACGCGUUACUGUGAAUGCAACUGUUCAUCUAGAAUCUUAUAGAUAGUUUGUGUUUGUAAUUGGUUUUUAACAGAUAUGUACUUUAGUUUUCUAACAGAUAAAGAUAUUAUUGUCAGAUAUUCUUGUACUAAAAUGUUGUCUGCACAGCUCCUGUGAAAUCAUAGAAAUGGACUAUACGAUAAUUUUUACACAUAAAAUGCUUUUUAAAAUCUAAGUAUGACUAAACACUUCCAGAGGUGGACGGUAGUGAAGUGUUUUUGCUUUCAAUUACAUUUUCAAGAAUCUUUGUCUUUGUAAAAAGUUUGUUAUAAAAAAAUAGUUAAUGCGUUGGCUAACACAUACUAACAAUCUACAGAGUUUAUUUAUCUUAGGUCAUGGUAAUUUCAGCAUUUUCUAAUACAUAACAAAUACAACCUUCUUAUAAGGUGUUACCAUUUUACUUAAAUACAUGCAUAAUAUAUAGGCCUACUUUAUAAAGUAGUUAUGAAAUGAGGUGGAUUAAAAAGUGUUUUUCACCUUUUAUACUUAACUACAUGAAAAAGCAAGUAUUUUAUUACAAUUACAAGUAUCUUUACUUCGCGUAGGAAAGUACUAGAUUUUAAUGUCAGUAUUUAAGAUAAAGAAAAAAGUAAAAACUAUCCAACUCUGAACUCUACUAAUUUUAAUAGCUUGACAUUGUGACUGUAUUUAAUAGGUUUCAUAUCUGUCUC